CUCGCGCUCCUUGUCCCGCCCGCGUCGUCUCACGCUCACGCUCACGCUCCCCUCGCCUGCGUCGCCUCCGAUCGAAUCAGGUCGGUUGCUCUCGUGCCCGAUCCCGUGUCUUGUCCUGUCUUGGCUCCCAGCCAGGAAUAGCGCAACGAGACGAGAUCGGAGGGCGACAGGGCGUGGCCGCGAGGGGAAAUGGGAUCGGAGGGACGGGCCUGGAACGGCGCCGCCGGCAGCAGCGGCCAUGGCGGCGGCGGCGGCGGCGUAGAGGCGAAAGCGAUCACCGCGGCUCUGUCGGCCGCGGAGGUUCCCAGGAUGGCGGUCUCCGUCGACAUCUCGCUGCCGCUCCCGGAGAUGUCGCCUGACAUCAUAUAUCUCUGCAAGCAAUUGGUCAUUGGGUGGUGUAAGAUUGACAGCUCCCGCUUCUCCAUCGAGACCGUGUCCGGAGGCAUCACCAAUCUAUUGCUCAAGGUUUCUGUCAAAGAAGACGACGGCAAUGAGUCUGCUGUUACUGUCCGGUUGUAUGGACCGAAUACGGACUUGGUGAUUGAUCGGAAAAGGGAAUUGAAGGCGAUACCGUAUCUCUCAGCUGCAGGGUUCGGGGCUCAGCUACUUGGAAUAUUUGGGAAUGGAGUAGUUCAGUCAUUCAUCUAUGCUCGAACACUGUCACCUGCAGACAUGAGAGAUCCUAAAAUAGCAGCUGAAAUUGCCAAGGAGCUACAUAAAUUCCAUCAAGUAGACAUACCAGGGUCUAAACAACCGCAAUUGUGGAAUGAUAUAUUCAAGUUUUUGAAGAAAGCUGCAGCAUUGAAGUUUGAGGAUAACGAGCAGCAGAAGAGAUAUGAAAAGAUCUCAUUUAGAGAAAUACAAGAUGAAGUUCAAGAACUUAAGGAUCUCUUGGACACUAUGCAUGCGCCUGUGGUUUAUGCACACAAUGACUUGCUUUCAGGAAAUCUGAUGCUCAAUGAUUUGGAAGGGAAGCUAUAUUUUAUUGAUUUUGAGUAUGGGUCAUACAGCUACCGUGGCUAUGACAUUGCAAAUCAUUUCAAUGAGUAUGCUGGACUUGAUUGUGACUAUAAUUUGUACCCAGAUAAAGAUGCCCAGUAUAACUUCUUCAGGAAUUAUCUACGCCCUGAUAGACCUAGUGAGGCACAGGCACAAGAUAUGGAAGUACUUUAUGUGGAAACAAACACUUUCAGACUAGCAUCGCACAUUUACUGGGCAUUAUGGGCCCUUAUUCAGGCAAAGGUAUCCCCAAUUGACUUUGACUAUCUUGGAUACUUCUUCUUACGGUAUGGUGAGUACAAGAAACAGAGGGAGCCCUGCUUCUCCUUGGCACAAAGCUUUCUCUCCAAGCCAAGAAAUGUCUAGAGCCUGAGAAUCUGUUCAUGAGUUUAUACUGUUGUGCGCAUAUACUCGGGGCGGGUACGCCUUGUGAUCAUCUGCUGCUACUCAGAAACUCUAUUAUAGUGUUGGUAGCAGCCCCGCAUUGUUGUAUCCGAUGUUAGGUUCGUCAUUGCCUGAUAGGAAAGUCGCAUGAUCCGUCCUCGGGAGCACAGGGUGGCAAGAUCUGUUAUAUUUGUAAUAAACACAAUCCUGGAGGGUCCUGCCCUGUGCAAUUUGUUGUGCACAUAAGCAUUCCGUGUACAUUCUUGUGACGAACUGCAUAAGUAUUUUUUUACUAAAUCAUAUAUUGUUUUUCA